GUUCCCUUCUAGACACGACCGUUAACGUCCUUCUUCGUAAUGAGGCGCGUAAAUAUGACGCCGUAAGAUACGUCAAAGUGCUUCAAGACAACAGUCAUGAUGAAGAGUCAAAACAAUGAUAUUUACACGAACUGAGUGAACUGAAGUGAUCUGCUGGCCAGUCCACCUCCUGCAGAAUAAUGCAUCACCAUUAAACAUGGGAGGCAGCGGAUCCAAAAGCAAAGGAGUCUGGCCUUUUACCAGUACAGGACCUGGAAGAGAACCUCCUGGUGAGGUCAAUGAACAGUGUUUAGCCCGAAUACGCGGCUCAAAGAAUGCAACACCAUUUGUAUUCACAAGGAGAAGUUCCUUGUAUUUUGAUGAAGAUGGAGAUCUGGCUCAUGAGUUCUAUGAGGAGACUGUGGUGACCAAAAAUGGCAGAAAGAGAGCCAAGCUAAAGAGACUUCAGAAAAACCUCAUACCUCAGGGAAUCGUUAAGUUGGAUCACCCGCGAAUCCACGUCGACUUCCCUGUCAUAAUUUGUGAAAUAUAAGGACACAGACUCCGUGUUUGGGAAUUGAUAUUGCUGUAGACGCACCACAGUCAUUCUAAACUUCCUACACACUUCGGUGUUCAUCUGAAAGGAUGGCCCAUGGCUCUCUGUUACUCCAUCCUUCACGUGGCUUUGACCAAAAAAGAUUAAUCACAUGUACUGAUUUGGGUUUUGGUGUCAUUAUAUAUAUAUAUAUAGCAGACAUAUGUCUUCUGUGAUGUACAGCACAGUAUGCAUGUAUGCAAGAGUGUGUAUGUAAGAAACUAAGAGCAAUGCAGGGACUGUAAAUAAAUCAAAUGUGUUUGUUGAUGUUGACCAUUUGCUGUGUGUUUACUGUUGUAUUAUAUAUUAUAAUAUUCUGUUGUAAGACUGCCUCAGUUUGUUGGGCUUCAGUCCAGAUCUGCGUUUGUAAUCAUUUGAUGUACAGUAAAUUAUUAGUUGACAUACUUAAAAUAGUUAAGCAGAUUAAAUACUUUUAUUGAGUAAAAAAACAGGCACAAUGAGCUGUGGUCGAGCUGUUUGUUAUUAAUGGUGCUUGCUAAGGCAAGAAUCACUACUGUUAUUGUUCAUACUUGGGUUUAGGGAUUUGAUCAAACACCUAACCCUGAGUAUUAAACUGGCAUGUCAAUUCUCCUGUUCCAUUUUUGCUACAAACAUGAAUGAUACUGCAAAUCACAGCUUGUUGAGGAGAUGUGUACUUUUAUUUUUUUUAAGUGAUUGGACAUUUCUGAAUCUACAGUGUGAAACGCAGAGCGCAACUAGUGUAGUCUGAUUCCCAAACAAAUGACUUAAAUGAGCCGGUUCUUUUGAAUCUACACCUCGCAACAUACAGUGCUGCUAGUGUAGGCCGAUUCAGCAAAUGGCUAUUAUGAGCUGUGUUUUUUAGUGAAUCAAAAACAUACAGCGUGACCAAUGUAGUGCGGUUCACAAACAGUUGACUCUUAUGAGCAUACGCUUUAUAGUGAUUUAAAAUACACCAGUCUGAGCAGUUACUGAAUUAAUCUUACUGACGCACAAGUUUCGACUUUUCUCAUGUCCAACUUGAAAUGAAAUAAGAAAUGUUACUGUGUUAUGUAAUGUUGUACUGGAGACUUGUGAAACUUCAGUCAGGCAGUGAAGUUACUGACUGGUUGUUCAUAUGACAGUGUGUAGUUAAAGAUACACAUGACUUUUGUUGUAAUCAGUGGAAUUUUAUAAAAGAAUAAAUGAAUUAAAUAUGUUAUCACA